UUUUCAUCGUUAAAAACUGAAACAAUUUCGUGGAGUGUUUUGUAUCUACCUAACAAUACAGCGAUUGCUUAUAACAAGACCCAAAUUAGAGAUAUUUUACUAGAUGCAUUCGUAAUCUCACGAUGGAAAGGGCUUUGAUGGCGUCGUCGUCUUCGUUAUCACAAAGCCUCAAGUUCAUCACGACUGAGUUCACCAACAGAUGUGUUAUACCCGCUUCUGUUGCGGCCUGGAGGCCUACGCCCACCAAGCUUAGCACGCCAAAAUUAAUAUUUACAGUAACGCCUGCUGCUCAACCCGUUCCUCCUCUUUACUGCUCUGCAUCAUCUCGCCAUCACAUAACUGCUGCAUAUUAUCACAGCAACCAGGCAUCUGUGGACAAUAAAAUUUUGAAAUUGGUUUCUGGAUCACACUACCUUCCACAUCCUGACAAAGAGGACAGAGGUGGAGAAGAUGCUCUCUUCAUCCUUACAGAGGAACAAGCUGUUGGUGUUGCUGAUGGUGUUGGAGGGUGGGCGGAAGUGGGCAUUAAUGCAGGAGAUUAUGCUAGAGAACUCAUGGCAAACUCUGUUGUUGCCAUUAAAGGGGAGCCUCAAAGUUCAAUUGAUCCUGUUAAGGUGUUAGAGAAGGCCUAUUUGAGUACAAAGUCACAAGGAUCCUCUACUGCUUGUAUAUUAGUACUUUCAGAUCGGGGAUUGCAUGCAGCAAAUCUGGGUGAUAGUGGGUUUGUUGUAAUAAGAGGUGGGCAUACACUAUUCAAGUCCCCUAUUCAGCAGCAUGGCUUCAAUUGUUGUUUUCAGCUUCAAAGUGGUGAUGGCGCUGAUCUUCCAAGUUCUGCUCAGACCUUCACCAUUAAUGUGGCACAUGGAGAUGUUAUAAUUGCCGGCACAGAUGGAUUAUUUGACAACUUGUAUGACGGUGAAUUGACUGCACUGGUGGUUGAUGCGAUAGGGGAUAAUUUUGAACCUCAGACAACUGCUCAAAAAAUUGCAGUAUCUGCAAGGCAGCGUGCACAAGACAAAAAUAAAGACACUCCUUUCUCUGAUGCUGCUCAAAAGGCAGGCUAUUGGUAUCAAGGGGGGAAAUUGGAUGAUAUAACUGUUGUUGUUUCAUAUGUCACAGCCAUUCAUUGAAGAGUUGUGUGUACUUUAAAAGUGAAUAUUUAUGAUGACAUGGAUAGGUUGAUGCUUAUUACUUGCAGGAGCAGCACAAAUUAGAUCACAGGCUUGCAAGAAGAAGUGUGUUGCUCAUGGACAAUCUUAAAAGUCCAAAAGCUGAAACUACCAGUGAUUGUAUAAGGUAUAGUUUCAAAGAUUAUUGUGAUGCUUUUCAUGCUAUAAGCUACCAGAUGGUCCCUCUAUAAUUCCUUAAUAGCUUGUCAUCCUGUUCCCCUUUUUAGCUCACAAGAAUUUGAGGCGAGUCCUAUAGGAGCAUUUCAUUCAAAUGUAGAGUAUCUCAUUCGAGUCUUUUCUUGCCUAUCAAAUCCUUAGUUUCUCUACUUUUCGAAGGUGUGCAGUAAUGGAGAAUGGGUACAUUGUAGAGCCAUGCAGGUCACCCUUUAAAAAAAUUCAGAUUUCUUCAGUUAAACAUUUUUGUUACAUUUUUCUAAAACCGAGUUGUAUCCAUGUAACUCCUUUUACCCUUCA